AACGAACUCCACAUAUCCACACGACUCUCUAGUGAACCAUGGUCAACGCUACUACCAAGCUCGGCGGUACCGCUUCCGACGUUGUCGUCGCGAAAGUCGCACAUGGCCUUAUGAGCAUGUCCUGGGUUCCGAAGCCCGUCUCAGAUGAGCAGGCGUUCGAAGCCAUCAAGGCCGGCCUCGACACCCUCCCUGCUGGUGCCAAGUUGAUCUUAAACAGCGCCCAGUUCUACGGGCCUGGAAUGUCGACCCACAACCUCGAGAUCGUAUCGCGCUUCUUUGAGAAGUACCCCGAAUACACAGAGCGCGCGUUCCUUAUGGUCAAGGGCGGCCAUAGCCCGGACAAGGGCUUGGACAACUCCGCUGCGAGCCUUCGUCGCAGUGUAGACAUCUCCCUUGCCGCUCUGCGCGGUAAGAAGACGAUCGACUGUUUCCAGCCCGCCCGUGUCGACAAGGCCGUUACCAUCGAGGAUACGGUCAAGACCUUGGCGGCCCUCAAGGACGAGGGUAAAUUCGCCCACAUCGGUCUCUCCGAGUGUGCCGCGGCCACCGUCAGGCGCGCUCAAGCGGUCCACCCGAUCGCUGUCGUCGAGAUCGAGGUCAGCCCCACGUCCUACGAGGAGGAGACGAAGAAAGUCAUCGCAACUUGCGCCGAGCUCGAUAUCGCGGUCGUAGGAUACUCCCCUCUCGGACACGGUCUGCUCACUGGAAACUACAGCUCGACCAAAGACAUUGAUCCGAAUGACGUUCGCGCGCACUUGAGCCGCUUCCAAGAGGAGAACCUGCGCCACAACCUGGUCAUUGCUGAAGCUAUCAAGUCUCUCGCUACCAAGAAGGGUUGCACCCCCGCGCAACUCUGCAUCGGAUGGGUUGGCUCCCUCGGGGACAAGGUCAUUCCCCUUCCAGGCUCCGCGCGUAAGGAACGGAACCUCGAGAACCUCGCCGGCGGCGACGUCAUCCUCACCGAGGAAGAGAAGGCGGAGAUGGCUCACAUCUUGGCGACCCACCCCGUGAAGGGCGCUCGCUACGGCGAUAACAACACCGACCUCUGGGGUUGAUGUGUGUACCGAUGUAAGCUCGCUUAACGGCACUGUUGUAGGGUAGCAUUGCUGGCGGAGCACAUAGCGUUGCCAAUACCGUCCAUGUUUGUACUCACUACAGCCGGAAGCGCACGCAUGUAAUAUUUGCGUAACUUAUGUAGGGCGCUUCUUUGGCUACCAAUGUCAUAUCUGAACCACCAC